UCGAACAGUGAAAUGGCCAAGUUAUUUCAACGUAAUCGUAUGCUUUACAAUCAACUACGACAGUUACACUCAAAUGUGAUAAGCGGUUCUACUCCUAGCGUGGAAAAGGAAAAGAAAGCAUUUCAAGAUGUCCUCCCAGAAUUUAUUAACUCCGUGGUAACUACGACUAAGGUAAAAGAACUGCCUGAAGUCGCAACAUGGUUGAAACAGGUUCUAAAUUACGUGUUACCAGGCGGUAAAUUGAGCAGAGGGUUCAUUACAUCUGUGGGAUACAAAAUGUUUGAAGAACCUGAAUAUUUCUCAGAAAGAACACAGCACGAUGCUCACAUUCUAGGCUGGUGCAUACAAAUGAUGCACGCAACAUUUUUUGUACUAGAUGACAUCGCCGAUGGAGGGACAAUGCGGCAUAAUAAGACAUGUUGGCACUUGCAAAGGAACAUUAAUUUAUACGCUGUCAACGACGCGCUGAUAAUGCAGCAAGCGACGAUGGACAUGUUAAAUACUCACUUUGGGAAGUCGCCCAUCUAUACUGACCUGAUCAAUUAUUUUAAUGAGGCAAUGUACCGAACCACAAUAGGCGAGCACUUGGAUUUAUGUUCAAACUACAACAAGGAUACGGACAAUGUAGAAAUAUUCAACAUGAGUCGGCUCCAUGACACUGCCGUCAACAAGACAGGCUACUAUACCUUCAAGUUGCCAAUAUUUACUUCACUGCUUCUAGUGAAGAAUGGUCGACAACUAGCUACCACAGAAUUACAUGAUUUCUGUUACGGAAUUGGGAGAUUAAUGCAAGUUCAGGACGAUUAUCUUGACGUAUACGGCACCGAGACGAUCACAGGCAAAACUUCAAGAGAUAUCCAAGAAGGAAAAGCUACCUGGCUGUCAGCGACAGCGCUGCAGCUCUGCAACUCAGUUCAACUUUCGAUCUUCAAAGAAUACUACGGCAGCAAUGACUUGGAACAUGUGCAGCGCAUUAAGCAGCUUUACGAUGAACUGAAUCUGUCUGAUUUGUAUGAACAAUAUGAACUCAAAAUGUAUCACGAUCUGUUGCAUCAAAUUAACGAAAUGCCCCAUGAAGGGGGGAAGAUUUUACUCACAGGAAUAUUAAAUUCAUGCUUUAAACGUUACCUACUUUGUUUAAAGUCGGUUCCUCGACUCAGACCAAUAAUGGCAAAAUUAGUACGGUACAAUCACUUAUUCUACAAUCAACUACGAACGUUACAUUCGAAUAAUUUGAGUGUUCCAAUUAUAAAUAUAGAAUCGGAAAAGAAGGCGUUCGAAGAUGUCCUACCAGAAUUUAUUGACAAUGUUAUAACUCGGCCGAAGAUAAAACAGCUGCCUCAAGUCGCGACAUGGAUGAAGCAGCUCUUAGAAUACACAUUAACUGGAGGAAAACUGGGCAGAGGAUUGAUGGCUUCUACGGGAUACAAAAUGUUUGAAAAUCCUGACCAGUUCUCGGAAAAAACACAACACUCAGCUCGGCUCCUAGGCUGGUGUGUAGAAAUGUUGCACACAUCACUAAUAGUAUUUGAUGAUGUCUUGGAUGGCGGGACGGUGCGACAUGGCAAGCCAAGUUGGCACCUGCGACGUAGUAUCAGCAAUUAUGCUUUUAUCGACUCGAUGUUAAUACACCAUGCCAUGAUGGACGUAUUAGAAAUGUACUUCGGGAAAACGCCCUUCUAUAAUACUAUGUCUAGUUAUUUUCAUGAGGCAUCGUACCGAGCCACUAUUGCUGAGCACAUGGACCUGUGUUCAGGCUACAACAAGGACACGGAUAAUAUAGAAAUAUUCACCAUUAACCACCUCCAUGAUAUAGCCGUUUACAAAUCAGCCUACUAUUCCUUCAAGUUGCCAAUAUUUGCUGCACUGCUUCUAGUGAAGAAUGGACAGAAACUAGCUACCAUCAAUUUACACGAGUUUUGUAUGGAAUUAGGAAUAUUGAUGCAAGCUCAGGACGAUUACUUAGACGCUUAUGGCAACGAGACGGUCACGGGCAAAAAUAGCAGAGAUAUCCAGGAAGGAAAAUGCACUUGGUUCUCAGUUACAACGCUGCAGCGCUGCAACUCCGCUCAACUUGCGAUCUUCAAAGAAUACUACGGCUGCAAUGACUUAGAAGAUGUGAAGCGCAUCAAGCAGCUUUAUGAUGAACUGAACCUGCGUGAUGUGUAUGAACAAUAUGAACACAAAAUGUAUGAAAAACUAUUGCGUCGAAUAAACGAGAUGCCCCAUGCAGGGGGGAGAACUCUACUCACGGGAAUAUUAAAUUUAUGUUAUAAAAGAGUUAAAUAA